AACGGAGAGCCCUGCAUGCAGAGGGAUAAUAUUACCCAGAGUGCGGGAAAGCUGCUGCAUUCCCCGCCUCGGCUCCUCCAGGCUCUGCAACUGGGGCAUCGCAACCGCACACAUCGCGGUGCAAACCCCGCAACGCUGCCCCAGGUCAAGUCCCUGGCAACCGUCUCCGGGCGCGGGGGUCGGUCCCUGGCAACCGCCUCUGGGGGCGGAGCUGAGCCACUGGCAACGGUGCGGUCACGUGCGGCGGCUGCGCGCUGGGCUGAGUGCGGAGGGGCUGGAGCAAAGAUGGAGCUUUCGGCGGUGGGAGAGCGGGUGUUCGCGGCCGAGUCAAUCAUCAAGCGGCGGGUUCGGAAGGGCCGUAUCGAGUAUCUGGUGAAGUGGAAAGGAUGGGCUAUCAAAUACAGCACUUGGGAACCAGAGGAGAAUAUCUUGGAUGCCCGUUUAAUCGCGGCUUUUGAGCAAAGGGAGAGAGAGAGGGAGCUGUAUGGGCCAAAGAAGCGAGGCCCCAAACCCAAAACCUUCCUGUUGAAAGCCCGUGCCCAGGCUGAAGCUUUGCGGAUUGGGGACAUGCAUUUUUCCAUGAAGCCUGGCCCGGGGUCAGCGGCCAAGCUUCCCAGCAGCAUUGCCGCCUACAAGCUGAAGAAGAACAUCCGCCGGUGCUACCGGACGUCAAAACGGAACCUGAGCCGUGCUGAGCCGCAGCCGGGCCUGAGCGGACAGAACAGGUCCCCCCUGCCCCUCCCCGAGACCGUCCGGAUCAUCAACCGCAAAGUGGAGCCUCGGAAACGCAACCGGAACCGCAACCGGAUCAUCCUCAACCUGAAGGGACAGCUGCUGUCUCAGGGCAAUGUUUCCUCGAUGUUUGCACUCUCUGGCCAAUCCCGGAGUCAUAUCUACCUGCAGAUCCAGGAGCUGGAAGCUCAGCUGCUCUCCAAACUCUCAGACCUGGAGAAAGAACGAUCCUUACUGCAGAACAAGAGUGACCGUCAGAAGCAUCUCCUAGAGGUACAGCUGGAGUCCCUUCACCAGCGUAUCGACAAACUGGAAAAAGAAACUGCUGUCUAUAAGUUGCAAGAAGGUUACAAAAUCUCAUUCCCGGUGAGAACGAACUACAUGUAUGCACGAAUGAAGCAGAGCCUGCCAGAGCUUUAUACACUGACUGUCUGCCUGUGGCUGAAGUCUAAGGCCACUGUGGGCAUUGGAACCCCAUUCUCAUACGCAGUUCCUGGGCAGGCGAAUGAACUGGUUUUACUUGAGUGGGGCAAGAAUCCUAUCGAGCUGCUGAUCAAUGACAAGGUGACCCGCCUCCCUUUGGAGAUUAAAGAUGGAGAAUGGCAUCAUGUAUGCAUUACUUGGACAACCAGGGAUGGUGUGUGGGAGGCAUACCAAGAUGGCAAGCAGCAAGGAUUGGGGGAUAAUCUGGCUCCUUGGCACCCGAUCAAGCCAGGCGGGACUCUAGUCCUUGGGCAGGAGCAGGAUGUGGCUGGGGGAAGUUUUGAUGCUACACAAGCUUUUGUUGGGGAGUUGGCAGAAUUCAACGUAUGGGACCGGAUUCUAACUCCAGUGGAGAUCCAGAGCAUUGCCAACUGCUCCACCAGCUCCAUGGGCAACAUCAUCUCAUGGGAGGGCAGCAGCACCGAGCUGUUUGGGGGGGCUACAAAGUGGCCCUUCCAGAGAUGUCGUGAGAAUAAAGACUCAGAGCAGGAUUAACAGUUGGUCCCUGGCCUGCACUUCACUGAGCGAGACAUGGACCAAAACAGCUUUCUGCUAUCUUUGCCAUUCCUUCAAUUUGCUACAGGUACCUACAGGGGACAGAGAGCCGGUGACCCUGGGGCUGAAUUAGUCUCUGAGUGGCUGUGAAAACAUUGUUCAGUGCUAACAGGAAUUCUGUUUAAAACAAAAACCCUAAAUCGGCAGGAUUGAGAGUGAAACGGUCGAUAUCCCGGGAAGCCCAACCCAAAGCCCUGACACACGGACACCUUCCUCAUUACAGUUUGUGCACCAUGUGGUUUCCCUGCUGGAGCUCAGGAUGAAUGCCCUGAGUGUUUGUUCUGAGAACAAGCCUCUGUAGGCAGCAUGGUAGACCAUUCCAAUGUAGAUAGCAGUGGAUCUAGCUCCCAUAUGGAUCAUUUGGUUAGGGGAAGGGAAAAUAGAUGAGGUUUCUCCCCCCUGACACCAGAGGUGAUUCUCACUCUCUGAAUCAGAUCAUUCCAGUUCCUCUCUCAACCUUCCACCGAUUCUUUUAUGUUAUAAGGAAAUUUUCUAUUUCUGGUUUGUCAAUAAUUCACAACCUAGCGGAAUAUCCCACCGUCCUCCCCUUUCCCUGAUCUCACGAUCUCGCACGGUUGAACUUUCUGCUUUUGCCCUGCUCAGGUGCAUGUGGAGCCAGGGUCUCUGACUAGCCCAGGACUCAGUCCCGUGGCAGGAACUCCUAAUCGUUUUGUUGUUGUCAAUCCUCUGAUAAAUUCUGGACUGAUCCUGGAGUGUCUGAAUCCUGCUCCUGCAGAAAGUUCUCCUCAAUAGCCAAAGUAAAACCCCAGCCCUCACUGUGCACAAUUCACUCUGUCCCCUUCGGUUCCCAAUGUUUCCGGAAACUGUUCUGUCAUUUCAAACUUUGAUGUUAAAUGGCCAACACUGUGGAAUAUUAGUGACCUAGAACUCCUGCUGGGGCCAAUAAAACAGGGAGAAAACUGAUAAACGACUGCAGGUUCUGGAGAUCUGAAAUAAAAACCAGAAGUGCUGGAGAAACUCAGAAAGUCUGGCAGCAUAUGUAUGGAGAGAAACAGGGUUAACAUUUCGAGUCUGAUCAAGCCUUCUUUGGAACUGAUGCUGCUCGAUCUGUUGAGUUUUCCAGCAAGUUCAGUUUUUAUUCCAAUAAAACAGGGUUACAUGUGAGCUCUCCAAACCAGCCAGGACUCAUUGCAGUAUAGACCUGGGGAUAUACUGAGGAUAGGAUGGAGGAGGUGGUCACUAUCACUGCGAUUUAUCACCGGCUUGUUUUCUGUGGCCUUUAUUUUUGCUGAUAUCACAAUUGUUGCCAAAGUUUUAACAGUUGCAAAUAUUUAAGUGAUGUUUGGUUUGAACAGCUGUGGGGUGUGGUGGAGCAACCACAUAAAUGUCUUAAUAAAAGCAAAUUAUUGUGGAUGUUGGAAUGUCUUGUUCAGAGACUUGAUCCCCACAAAGGAUUAUCUGCCUCAUGAACUGGCUGAUGUGGCAUCAGAACACAGGAGAGCAGUAUAAACACCUGCAAAUCAGGAGCAAUGGAAGGCCACUCAACUGUUAUUCAAUAAGAUCAUGACAGGUCUGACAUUAAUUUCAAAUCCACAUUCUGACCGAUUCCUGAUAACCUUUCAGCCCCUUGUCACAUAUGAAUCUACUUACCUCUACCUGCAUCCUCCCUGACAUGUCUUGGUGGCUGUAAUUCACCCUCCAGCUCAGAAAGUCACUGUGCUGGUACCCGGUGUCAGAAAGCAGUAAUGACUGCCAGUUGAUAUCAGCCUGAGCUUUUAGACUGUGCCACUCACACACUGAACAUUAACGCACAUUCGCACUAAGAAUCACAACAUUUCUCUGGUGGACAAGGAGGUUGUUCAGCCCAUCAGGUUGCACCAACUCUUUGAGCAUUUUGAUUUAAUGCCAAUUUCCCGCCUUUUCCCUAAUACCUUCCAUGCUGUUUCGAUUUAAAUAACCAUCCGAUGCCUCCUUGAAUGCCUCUGUUGAACCUUCCUCCAUCACAUGUCAAGGCAAUGCAUUGCAGUCUCUCUGAUUGGUUGUGCACAGAACUGGGCAGUUUAGAGGGAACUCUGACCUGACCCACUUAGUGUGAAAAUGUUUUUUUUACUUUGCCUUAGCUUUUUAUACAAAACCUUUUUAAACUAUGCCCUCUUGCCCUUGAUUCUCCUCUGAACUGGACCAGUUUCUCUGUCCCCACUCUGUCCAGAUUGCUGAUGAUUUUUAAAAUGUCUUUCAGAUCUCCACUUAGCCUUCUCUCUAAAUUAAACAGAUCCAAAUUCUCCAAUCUCUCAGUAUAAGAGCCGUAACAAGUAUAGCCCUAACCAUGAACCACAGCUUGACCCUCAGAGACAAUGAUUCAACAUUGAUGCCAUCAAUAGUUAAUACAAGCUUGCCAUCUCUGACUGGGUUCAUACCUGGAGAUUUGAUCAUUUUAAAUGCCCUUUUCUCCUCUCACUUCUAACAUUGUUCGAAUGAGCAAAAAUAUUUCAAACAAAGCUCUGUUAAGGUACCUCUCUGAUUUCUCUGCUGAGUGUCUCCUGCAAUCAGUGUUCUGGAGAUGAAUCUACAAACACAGGAGAGCUCAGGGCAAUCCUAGGGAGAUGGUAAUCCUUGACUGAUGUCACUCUGCCAAUUAAAGAGGCCGAUAACAAGCUAGGGAGGAACAUGUUAAGCAACUGUCUGUUUGCCAAACUCACUGGCAGUAGUUCGUAGCCUGAUGCUUGUAAAUGACACAAUGUGUGAAUUUCCAGCAUUUUUCUGUUGAAUAAAGUAAAUGUGUCUUGUCA